AUGACCUGCCUAGAAGAAAUAACUUCUGGCCCCUGUGUUCAGAAGGGCUGUGAAGAUCACAGUGAGAAGGAUACUGUGCAGGCCAAAGGUCCCACCACAGGUGGAGUCCAGUUCUCCCAGGACACUGAGAUGAAGACAGCAGGAGCGCCAGCCAUGAAUCUUGGGCAGACCCUGGAGUGGCUGAGAAGAGAACUGGCUGAGAUGCAGAUCCAAGACCAGAGACUCCUGCUCACGCUGAAGCAUCUCCACAGUGUCCUGGAGGAGCUGCGAGCUGAGAGUGCCCGCUGGGAGGACUCCAGGUCCAGCAGAGGGACGUCCCCCAUCAGAGCUCGGGCAGGCUCUGAAAGCAGGGCCUGGCAGCCCAUGGCUUCCAGGAGGCUGGCCCAGGCCUUCCCAGGGGUAGACAGCAGGCGGAGCUCCCUCCCUUAG